AUGCCGCAGAGUUACCUCCCAUCACUCAACCCGCUACAGCCGCCGCCUACCCCUGUUGUGUUUCAGACGUCUAAUGCCUGUGGCGGUGGGCUGCCGGCCGCGUCGGAGGCGCUGCCGUCAGGAAUUCUGCGAAGAUCGUGCGAGCAGCAGCAGCAGCCUGGCCGCAUUGUUGUGCUUGGUGUGAACCCACCGGCAGCGGCGGCGCAGGGGCUGCUGUCACCCACGCUGCUCAGCGCUGACUUCGGUGAGUUGUCAGCGGAGCCUUCCAAGUUUAUUGGACCGGUGCCGUUUGUGAAGUGA